AUGACGGUAGACUCCUCCGCGAAUUCCAAGGAGGCGUACAGACACCUGCAGCAGCAGCAGCAGCAACAGCAGCAGCAGCAACAGCAGCAGCAGCAACAGCAGCAGCAGCAACAGCAGCAGCAGCAACAGCAGCAGCAGCAACAGCAGCAACAGCAGCAGCAGCAACAGCAGCAGCAGCAACAGCAGCAGCAGCAGCAGCAUAUAUGCACAAGAGAGACAGCCGAAGAGUCAGCUACCAUCCCACCACUGGCAGCAGCAGCAGCAGCAGCAGCAGCAGCAACCCCACGUCAUCAACAGCAGCAACAGCAACAGCAACAGCAGCAGCAGCAGCAGCAGCAGCAGCAGCAGCAGCAGCAGCAGCAGACCUGGCUUUCUAGCUGCAUCAGCAGCUCUGUGAUUUGCUUCGCCCCUCGGGGGUUUAACGCUAACCACUCAAGCGGAACUGCUGCUGCUGCUGCUGCUGCUGCUGCUGGUUGCUGCUGCUGCUUCCCUGCUGCUGCUGCUGCUGCUGUUGUUGCUGCUGCUGCUGCUGCAUAG